AUGCCUUCGGAAAACUUUUUGUUAAAGUCGCGGUUACAAGCUCUUAAACGGUCUGGUCUGUCAGAAGAUGUUUUUAUAGCAAUAUUACUAUGUCUUAUAUCAACAAACAAACAUCUUAUCCUUACUGCACGAUCUGAGGAUAUGGACGAUCUGCGAAAUAUGACCGAGCAGAUCCUCUUGAUCGUGUUCGGUCUAACGUGUUCGACCAUAACCUGUGAGCCGUCCCAAACACUAGCAGAUUUCACGUCUUCCCUGUUUGCCCGCUCUCGUGAUGAUGCUUCAAUCGCUACACAUUCAGCAGAAGACAACGGGGGUCUGCAUAGAAUGAGCAGGCAGAAAUCUUACAGGUCUAUCCGAACUGCGAGUUCAACGAGUUUGACUACAGACGCUAGAGGAUACGAGGGGAAGACGAGCGAAGGCCGAUCACGCAGGCGAAAAUCAAAUUAUUCGCAUGUAUCUGGUGCAUCUAAUCAACAAUCCAGAGAUAGUAAGGAGUUGGAAAACGUGGAAAUUAUGGGAGUAGCAAGCGAGAUACAGGUCGAAGUUGAGAACCGGUACUAUAGUUCGUCAGAAACAGAAACUGAGGAAACCACCGAGCCAAGAGAUAGAAUAAAAUCUGCUGAUCAAACGAAUUCGUUCACAAGAAAUCCAAUCCUGACAAAUGCACGCCGACGUGACAAUAACUUUCCACCAUCCUCGUCUACGUCCUCAAUGUCGUCCUUUACAAAUUCGGAAACUCCGUAUAUACCUUCAUUAACUUCUUCGCCUUUCCCAUCUCACUCGUACAGUCUUCGACCAGACCUUUCUCAACGCAAUCAUACAACACAUCAUCCUUCGUAUAACAGUCAACCACAGCUGCCGCUGUCGCCGAUGGAUUUUACAAUAUCAAAGUCAAAGAGGAGACAUGACAGCAUCGUAACUUCGGGGGGGAGUAAUCCGCCAUCCCCAUUCUUGUUUGCAAAGCAUAUAGCGCAGGCUGUCAUAAUAGAGAGAUUAGACGAGGGAGAUGAGGAAAUUCAAUUUUUCCUGUUGGAGACGAUAAUUAAAAAACGAUUCUGUUAUCGAAAGGAAUCGCAUAGUCUCCCGAAGCCUUUCAUUGUAAUCGUAUUAUUACCAACUACGGAGGAACGCCUCAAUUUACCUAAUCAGUUGCUUGACAGAUUUUUCAUAAGUUAUGAAUACGAGAACGAUACAUCGAGAUUACCAGCGAACGGAAUGUAUAGGGGAGAACCUAUCAAACUGAUGGAAAUCAAAGAACUAGAGAAAAAAAUAGAUAAAGUAUCUGUCCAUAAUGACAUGCAACGGUAUAUGAGAGAUAUAGUGGUCGGUUUGCGCAUGCACAGACUGAUCAAGGGAGGAAUAACGGCUAGAACUUCGCGUGAUUUUGAAAAGCUUGCUAAGGCUGUGGCAGUAAUAUUCGAUCGCUCAUUUAUAACACCGGAUUUAAUUCUUAUAACAGCCGAGAAAGUCUUUGCUCACAGACUGAUUCUUCGUGAACCCGUGGAUGAUAGAAGUCUCAUGUAUGGAACAAAACGAAUGUCACUACUUAGAGCGAAAAUGGAAGACAGCUGGGGAUUUAAUGUGAGAGAUGUAGUUGCAGAUGUGUUGCAGGUUGUUAGGCCUCCAGUGUGA